AUGUCACAGUUAAAAGCUAGUAACUUCUAUCAUAUUGUAAAAAAUUCUCCAAAAGGAAGAUGGCAAGGAAUUAAACGUAAUUAUGAUGUUAAAGAUGUUUUAAAAUUACGUGGUUCUGUAAAUAUUGAAUAUACAAUUGCUAAUAAAACAUCAAAUAAACUUUGGCAUCUUAUACAUACAGAACCAUAUGUUGCUGCAUUAGGUGCUCAGACAGGUAAUCAAGCUGUUCAAAUGAUUAAAGCUGGAUUAAAAGCAAUAUAUCUUUCUGGAUGGCAAGUUGCUGCUGAUGGUAAUAGUGCUGGUGAAAUGUAUCCUGAUCAAUCAUUAUAUCCAUCAAAUUCUGGUCCUGAAUUAGCUAAACGUAUUAAUAAAUCAUUAAGGAGGGCUGAUCAAAUUGAAUGUGCAGAGGCUGAUGAUAUGAAACCAUAUAGAGAUUAUUAUGCACCUAUUGUUGCUGAUUGUGAAGCCGGUUUUGGAGGUAGUUUAAAUUGUUUUGAAAUUACAAAAGCAUACAUUGAAUCUGGAGUUGCUGGUGUUCAUUUUGAAGAUCAAUUAGGAUCUGAAAAAAAAUGUGGUCAUAUGGGUGGAAAAGUUUUAAUUCCAAUAUCUGAACAUAUUCGUCAUCUAAAUGCUGCUCGUUUAGCUGCUGAUGUUUGUGAUACACCAACAAUUAUUGUAGCAAGAACUGAUGCUGAAAGUGCUAGACUUUUAACAAGUGAUGUUGAUGAAAGAGAUCAUCCAUUUAUUGAUAGAAAAGCUGGUAGAACAUCUGAAGGUUUUUAUAGACUUAAAGAUUCUACAUCAAUGGAAGCAUGUAUUCAAAGAGGUAUAGCAUAUGCACCAUAUUGUGAUAUGAUAUGGAUGGAAACAUCAUAUCCUUCAUUAUCACAAGCUAAAGAAUUUGCUGAAGGUGUUAAAAAAGAAUUUCCAGAUAAAUUAUUUGCCUAUAAUUGUUCACCAUCAUUUAAUUGGAGUAAACAUUUAAAAAAAAGUGAUAUGGAAAAAUAUCAAAGAGAACUUGGAGCUAUGGGAUUCAAAUAUCAAUUUAUUACACUUGCUGGUUUUCAUACAAAUAGUUUUUCAAUAUUUGAUUUAGCUAAAAAUUAUCGUGAACGUGGUAUGGCUGCAUAUGCUGAACUUCAAAAAGCUGAAUUUGAUGCAGAAAAAUCUGGAUAUACUGCUGUAAAACAUCAACGUGAAGUUGGAACUGGAUAUUUUGAUGUUUUAGCAAAUGCCUGUGCUGGUGGAUCCAGCUCUACAACUGCUCUUACCGGAAGUACAGAAGAAGCUCAAUUUAAAACAUCCACUGUUGAAGAUGACGAAGUUAUGACGUUGACUUCUGAAAUGUUAUCGAAUGAUGAAAAAAUUUUAACACCUGAUGCAUUAAGGUUCUUGAGAGAUCUUCAUAAUAAUUUUGAUAGGAGACGUCUUUCUUUACUUGAGAAUCGUAAAAUUAUUCAAGAUAAAAUUAAUAAUGAUGAAUUAAUUUUAUGUUUUCCAAAAGAAACAGAAGACAUUCGUCGAGAUGAAUCAUGGUCAGGGGCAACGAUUCCUCAUGAUAUGUUAAAUAGAAAAGUUGAAAUUACAGGACCUACAGAUAGAAAAAUGGUAAUAAAUGCUUUAAAUAGUGGGGCAAAAGUCUUUAUGGCUGAUUUUGAAGAUUCAAAUACACCAACAUGGAGAAAUCAGAUGGAUGGGCAAUUUAAUUUGUAUGAAGCUGUUCGAGGAACAAUAGCAUUAAGUCAUCCAUUAACAGGAAAAUCUUACAAACUAGAUGAAAAACAUGCAGUAUUAAAUGUGAGACCAAGAGGUUUACAUUUACAUGAAAAACAUGUUUUGAUUCACAAUAAACCAAUAAGUGGAAGUUUAUUUGAUUUUGGUCUGUUUAUAUUUAAUAAUGCUAAAGAAUUAAUUGAUAAGAAUAGUGGUCCAUAUUUUUAUCUUCCAAAAUUACAAAAUGCUGAUGAAGCAAAAUGGUGGGCAGAUGUUUUUUCAUAUACAGAAGAUAAAUUGAAUUUACCAAAAGGAACAAUCAAAUGUACAGUUUUAAUUGAACAUCUUUUAGCAUCAUUUGAAAUGGAAGAAAUUAUGUAUAAUUUAAAAGAUUAUAUAAUUGGACUUAACUGUGGAAGAUGGGAUUAUAUAUUUUCAUACAUUAAAGUUUUUAGAAAUCAUUCAAAAUAUUUACUUCCAGAUAGAUUUCAAAUAACUAUGACAACACCAUUUUUGGCAGCUUAUAGUGAACAAGUUAUUAGAACAUGCCAUAAAAGAAAAAUUCAUGCAAUGGGAGGAAUGGCUGCUUACAUACCAAUUAAAAAUAAUCCUGAUGCUAAUAAUACUGCAAUUACAGCAGUAUUUAAUGAUAAACAUAGAGAAGCAACAAAUGGACAUGAUGGUACAUGGGUAGCUCAUCCUGGUCUUGUUGAUAUUGCAAGAGAUGUUUUUGAUCAAAUUAUUGUUGGAGAUAAUCAAAUAGAUAGAUUAUUACCAAGAUAUGCAUCUCCAAAUGAUUUAAUUGCUAUACCUAAAGGAACAAUUACUUCAGCAGGUCUUAAAAGAAAUAUAAGUGUAGUAUUACAAUAUUUAGAAGCAUGGUUAAGAGGAAUUGGUUGUGUACCAUUAUAUAAUAUGAUGGAAGAUGCAGCUACAGCAGAAAUUUCUAGAGCGCAACUUUGGCAAUGGGUAAAACAUGGAGCUAAAAUUGAAAAUGGAAAACAUAUAACACCUGAAAUGAUUCAAAAUGUUAUUGCUACAGAAAUGGAACCUCUCUUAAUUAGAUCAGGAAGUACAUCAAAUAGAAUUUCUGAAGCUGCAGAAAUGUUAGAAAAAUUUGUUCUUGAGCCUGAAUUAAGUGAAUUUCUUACAAAUGACGCUUACGAUAAACUCGUAUCUGAAGGAAGAUAA